GGACCGGAAUGAAACCACAAAACAGAACCCAGGAUAGAAUCAAAGUAAUUACUAAUAUCCCUACCCCUCUAUCUUUUUUUACCUCUCAAGAACCCAUCUUUACUGCAAUUGGAAUGUGAAAAAUGGCGUUCGGUUUGCAGGAAACUAUUUGGGAUUGAAUAUCUUCUUCUCUGUCCAAGCUGGAAAGAUUCCAACAUUGUAUUCAAAGCUUUACAUGGAAAAGGGGAUCAGUCCUUUUGAUUUGGUAAUGGCCAGAUCUUCGGUAUUGCCAAGCUCAAGAUGAAAGUGCCUUGUGUUGAUGUGUUGCUAAUCACAAGUAUUUGCUGAAAAUUCUUCAAGAUAGAGAUGAUUAAGCAUCGCUGGAGGGAGCUAGCAAAGUCCUUUGGGGAUCAUGUUGAUCCUGAUAAAACUGAACAGUUGAAGAGGACUAAAUCAGAUAUUGAAAAUAAUGUGACAAGGAUCUUCAAGCUUAUAAAAAGUGAAGACCUCGGAAAGAAAGAUGGGAACCGAAGAGAUUCAAAGAAUGAGAGUGAACUUGUUGGACUCAUUGAGAAUUUCUACCAACAGUACCAGUCACUCUAUGCAUUGUAUGAUCAUCUAAUAGGAGAGUCAGGAAGAAUAGUUCGGAGAAGAAAAGUGAGAACAGGCUCUUCUCCCUUGUCUCCCUCCAGCUCCGGCUCAGACUCUGAGUAUUUUUCCUCAGACGAAAUUGACAAUAAUAAUGUCAAGCCGGAAAAUCAUGAGCAUCAGAAGAUGGCAGACAGCGGUAAUCAUGACCUUAAAACCGAGAAUUUGGGUCUGAAGCAACUAUCGUUGUCUAGGAGUUCUAGUGAAGGAAAGGACGCAAUAAAUACAGAAUAUUUGGCAGCACUGCAAAAAGUACAUGCAGAUAUUACAAAUGAAGAUCGCAGGAAUGAAGUGGAUGAAAGAGUAAAGGAACUUUCAGCUCUUGUUGAGGCGCAUGAACAUCACGGGCCUCAAUCAUCAGCUAGGGUGAAAGAGUUAGAGGCUCAGUUAGCUGGCUUCAAAACUGAUUUGGAGUCAUUUUGCAGCCAGAAAAGAGAUUUGGAAGCAUGGAAAGAAGACAGAGUUGCUGAAGCUAAACAGCUAGGAGAUAAAAACAUAGGUCUCCAUGCCCGGAUUUUGGAACUCGAGUUAGUUUUAAAAGAAAAAAAUGAUGAAAUAUCUGAUCUCGUGAAGAAACUCGAAAAUGAGAGUAGUUCAACACCGAAAGUUGCAUAUUUGAUGGCACAGACCAGCAAUCUGCAACUGGAAGUUGAGUCAUUGCACGCUCAAAAAGGGGAAAUGGAAGAAAGAAUGGCUACUGUGAAAACUGAAUCAUCGGAUCAAGUUGAGGAACUCACAGAUAAGAUCAAUGCAAUGAAGCAGGAAUUAGAGACCCUGCGCUGGGAGAGAGCCGAAACAGGAGUGCAACUAGAUAGGAAGAAUAAAGAAAUCUCCCAGGAACUGCACCAGAUAGAAACUUUGAAGGAGGAACUGAAAAGAAAAGAUGUAGCUGAAAAGAAAAUAUCAGAAGAAAGACAACGUUUUCUUAAGCAGGUGAAGGAUAUGGAAUUAGAAGUGGACUCUCUACGCAGCCACAAAAAGAAUUUGGAAAAGCAAAAAAGAAGUAAAAUGCAUGAGGCAGAUAAGCUGAGAAGGGAAAGUGAGGGUCUGCGUGCUAAGAUAGUCAACUUGGAGAAAACUUUGUCCCAGAGAGGGGAGGAGGUUUCUGCUCUUCGUAAAGAAUGUGAGGAUGGAAAGAAUGAAGCUUCUACUCAACUUAUGACUUUGACGACAGAAGUCAGCAGUUUGAAACAGGAGUUGGAUUCUGUAAAGCUCCAGAAGAGCCAGCUAGAAUUGCAGUGUGAGAAAGAGAACAAGGAAUGGUUGAAAAGACUAACUGAGAUGGAAAAUGAAACCGAAAAGAAAAUGCUGGAAGAAAGACAGCGGUUUCUUGAUCAGAUAAAGGACAUGGAAAGGGAAGUGGACUCUCUAUGCAGCCAAAAGACCAAUUUGAAAAAUCAGAUAACAAGUAAAAUCCAUGACACUGAUAUGCUGCAGCGUGAAAAUGAGGGUCUAAAUGCUAGAAUUUUUGAGUUGGAGAAGACAUUGACCGAGAGAGGGGAUGAGGUUGAAGCUCUUCAUAGAGAAUGCGAGGAUGGACACAAGGAAGCUGCUAAUAAACUUAUGGCCUUAACAACACAGGUAAGCGAUUUGAAACAAGAGUUGGAUACCUUGACCAAGAAAAGCCAGAUGGAGUUACAGAGUGAGACAGAGAACAAAGAAUAUAAGGAAAGACAGACACAGAUGGAAGGAAAGAUUGCUGAUCAGCAGAGAGUUAUUAAGGAACAGGAAGAUACUAUCAAGAAGAUCACUAAGGAGUAUAAAAACGCUAAAAUGUGGUUUCCUGAAUCCAAGCUAAAUCUGCAGCUUGCCGAAAGAAAGAUGGAAGAAUUGGCAAAAAAGCACCGCGUACAGUUUGAAGACAAUGUCCGGCUCUUAUACCAGAGAAUCCGGGUGGCAGAACAUAUACACAAUGACACAAAAGAGAGCUACUGGAGAAUGAAAGAGGAGUGUGAGAAAGAAACUAGAGAGAUCAGAGAAAAGCUUGCAUUUUACGAAAAUCCACUCAAAAAGAUGAAGGAGGUAUCCGAGACAGCAAAGAGAACUCUGAACCGAUUGGAUAGGGUGGCAUGUAGGUUUGAUAAGGAGCACAGCAACUUUUUGAACAACAUAUCCAGAAUGUCUGAUGAGGUUCAGGUUGCAAAAAGUUGGGUUACAGGGGCAACCGACGAGAUCAAACGGCUGAAGCGUCAUGCCGAUUGCUUGGCUACUCAGCUGGAUGAAAAGGAAGAACAGGAGAGUUUGUUAAGGGAGAAAGUUUGGAAGUUAGAGGCAAUGGCAAGUAAGGAAGCCGGAGAGAAGCUGAACUUAAUGAAAAACUUUAGCCAACUCGAGAAGCAGGUAGCGAAAAUGGAGAAGACAAUAAAGGAGAGGGAUGAAGACCUGUUGAGUCUUGGUGAGGAGAAGAGGGAGGUCAUAAGGCAGCUAUGUAUCUUAAUUGAUCAUCACCGAAUCCGCUAUGAUGAUCUUAAGGAAGUGAUAACAAAGAGGCCUGGUAGAUCCAGUACUGUAAAUUAGGCCUGCAAUGGCCAUUGUUGUGAUAUUUUUGUGCAGCAUUACCCAAAUCUUGUUCAAUUUAUUCAUUCAUUUUUUUUUCUUCAAAAGAUUCUCAGUUAACUGUAAUGGGAAUUCAUCCAUUUCUGAAUUUCACUUCUGUAUUUGUUUUCUGGCCAAUGAAGAGGUUAUAGGCUAAAUAG